AUGAGUUAUCAGCCUUGUGAUGCGGAAGGAGAACCCCUGCCAGGCACUGAAUUGACAGAGGUCUGGAGAGUUGCUAAAGCUCCUCCAAAUGACAAAUUUCAGUAUACAUAUUUUGCACACAAGAUAAAUAGCUUGGACACUGCACCUAAGAAGUUACUGGCUUCAGAUUCUCGCUUGCGUCCAAAUAGAUAUGCACUUGAGAAGGGUGAUUUGCCCAAAGCAGGUUCAGAAAAGAGCCGUUUGGAGGAGAAACAAAGGGCUGAAAAGAGAACUAGAGAGACGAAGGGCGAGCAAUUUACUCCAAGAUGGUUUGACCCAUCUAGUGAAAUUGCUCCUACACCUUGGGGUGAAUUGGAAGUUUAUCGCUACAAUGGAAAAUAUGAUGAACAUCGGGCUGCUAUGGAUAGCUCAUCCAACAUUGAGGAGACUGACAUCGGGUCAAUGGAUUUCAAUCCAUGGCAGUACGGAAACUUGGCUACAGAAUGA